AUGAAGCCUACUACUAUCUUUUUUGCUCUCACUCUCAUUUUCCUCUCCACCAAGCCUUCACAAUCUUCUAGGUCCAUCUUUGACGAUACCGUUGUGUACGAUGCCUCGGGUAAUCCACUCGAGAAAGAUGCCACCUAUUUCAUAAGCCCUCCAAUAUGGGGACCACUUGGUGGUCGAGUGAUGUUAAGCAGUGCUCUUGGAUAUAACCAAACAUGUGCAGCAGAUGUCCUUCAAAGCCCAUUUGAAGUCGCUCCUGGCACCCCUUUUACCUUCACACCCGUCAGUCCUCUUCAAGAAGACGCUAUCAAAUUAGGCUACCCCGUGGCCAUUCAAUCACCAACCGAAAACCCAUGUGAAGAGGGAAGUACGGUAUGGAAGGUCUCGACUCGUAUUGGGGUAUAUGCUGAGAUUAUCACCACUGGUGGGACCAUAAAUACCCCAGACAGCUGCAUUAGAAUCACAAGGCCACGAGAUCCUUUGUUUCCAUACAGUUACGCUUUGGAAUACUGUCCUUUCAUGUGUGGUGCAGGUUUCAAAAUUUGCAAACCGAUUGGUAUCUAUACGAGUAACCAUAAGGCACAUCUUUCUCCUAGCGGCUCGUCUUUUGAAAUUGUUUUUCUCAAGGCUUCCGGGUCCGCUGCCAUUUAG